UUUAAACGUCUUCAUUUUUCAUUGGUCGAUAACAUUUCAAAAAUUAUUCUAAACAUAAUUAUGUGUACGUUAAGUGUUUGUGAUUUUGAAUCAUGCGUUUAUUAUCUAACCAAAAAAAAAAACACUAUACGGAGAGAGAAACAAGAUAAUGAAUGUUAUUAAGAAAAUAAUUAGCGAUGCAAUGUAUCAAGCAUUUAUCAAUGGAUACCGUUUGGUUGAGGUAUCGCAUGGCAGACCAUACUAUGUUUAUUGUGUCGAAUUAUUCGAGACAGACAGUGGCAUUCGAUAUUUCAGCGAGAGAAGAUAUAGCGAAUUUAGCGCGCUACAUCGUACGCUGAAGAAGAAUAGCACGAAUAUUGCUCCAUUUCCACCAAAAAGAGUUAGGAAUUCUCAACCUAAAGUACUCGAACAAAGACGAGAAGCAUUAGAGGCGUAUAUUCAGAAAAUGUUGAAACUCCCAGUUGCAAAACAACAGGUACUUAAUUUUUUAGGUAUCGAAGGUCGUCCAUCUGGUGCAACGGAGAAAAGAGGACAAAAACAAAUUAAUGAUUUGGGACAUAUUCAUCCAAGUUCCUUAGGACAUCAUCCUGUAUUAACUUUUCAUCGUGAUCCUUACAUCCAUGUAAAUAAGAAUACAAGUCUUCCAGAUAUUGUAACAAAUGGUGUUCUUUUAGGGUUGUACAAAUCUUAAAAUAUAUCUUCAAUUUAUUUUGAAUAAAUGAAGUUUUAUAUUUUGCAAAGUCAAUAGAAAAUGAUAGAACUGAUGAGAAUCUCAAAAUUCAACAAGGAUCAAAGAUUUUGUGAUAUAUAUAUAUAUAUGAUGCUUCGAAGUAAACUUUGUUAUGAAGAAAAAAAAUGUAGCUUACAAAUAUCAUUUAGCGUCCAUAGAAAUAUAUAUAUAUAUAUAUAUAUAUAUAUAUAUAUAUAUAUAUG